GUAUGAAGAUAAUUUUAUUGUAAAUAUCAAAUAAACAAUAUAAUGAUUUGUUGUACUUAUAUAUAAAAUGUAUAUAUAUAUAAGUUAUUAAUUUAUAAUUUUAAUGAAACCAUAUAAUUACAUAGAAUUUUCUGAAAAAUUUAUCUUUUUUAUCUUAUUUUGUGUGAUAUUUUGAACUGAUCCCAUUAUUAAUUUGUGGUGUUUAUUAUUUUACCGAUUAUUAAUUUAUAAAGUUUAUACUGUAGAUCUAAAUGAUCCAACCAACUAUCCAUGGUGGUGAUCUGCCAUAUGAUUUAUCGUCGGUUAGGCGUUCGCCUCACCUGAUUUUUCGAGCAUGGAUAUUAGUGAAAUGUUAUUUCCUCUUUAAGGCAAUUUUAAAACAUUAUGUAGGGAUAUCAAGUGGGCUUUCGCAGUUUAGCUUGGUACAAAACCUACAAAACUCGUAAAUAUUUGAGUUAUGUCUGGCUUGGCUUUAAAAUAUUUUAAAGCUCGACCCGGUGCAUUGUACGACUUCUCAGGAUUCUCGAAAUAAUUUAUUAAAUUUUAUUCUAAUAUAAAAUCAUUUCAAACUUACAAGAGCGUUUUUCAUAUGCUUUAAAUCAUAUUAUCAGAAAAAAAAAUUAGUGAGUUUUGAAUAUUCAAAUGUAAAUUAACACUAAGUACAUAAGAAAAUAAAUUAUGAUUUUGUAUUCUAGAGAAAAAUAAUGUUCUCCACGAAGAAGAAUGCACAUUUGUCAAAUUUAUGAUGUCUCUUAUAAUAAUGAUCAUAUAUUAAAGUAUAUUCACAGUUUUCAUAUUUGGUUUACUAGAAUUUGGAUAAGAAAUUUGUAAUUAUUAAGAACGGCUCUUUCCGAAUGCUACUAAUUUCCGGACCGACCCUAACUCAAGCUGACUUAAACCCAAAAUAUCUCAUCCACGAUGUAUCCGUCCAAGAUGAACAAUCCAUGGCUCCAUGCCGAGCUCAUAUGUAAGAAUCGGAUUGCGUCCAAAUCGGCUCUGCUCACUUAGAACCAGCCCUUCAAGACAUCUUACGUGCCGAUUUAGUCCAUGAUCCGGUGAUGCCCUCCACCCUAAUUCCGCCUUAUGGGCCAGUGUGUAGAUUGUUGAUCCAAAGUGCCUUAUGUUCUCAUAGAUAAGAAAGUUACACUGUUGACGUAUUAUUUCUAUAAUUCCUAUUUUUGAUUAGUUCCUUCUCCAGCGAAUGCCUGGUCAUUGCUAUUUGUAUUUGCUAGUGUGUUCUUAAAUGUAGCGUGCAUAGUUUAUUCCUUUCCAAUUACCCUGUUGACGUAUUAAUCUAAGAACUUAAGAAACAUUCCAUCAAUCUCAUAACUAGCUGUUUCAAGUAGAACAAGUUUUUAUAUUGUCCACUGUCUCUUAUUAUUUUCACAUAUUUUUCAUUUAAAUUCUGCAAAGUCUUGUUCUCCUUUCCGAUAACAUUAUUGAGUACAUGUUUUCUUAGCAACGAGACUUCUUCUCGAAGUAUUUUGUGAUACAAUGGUUCUGAAGAUGCGUUCAAGAAUUCAAGUCUGCAUGCUCCUGAUUUUGACUUUUUGCCAAAUUUGUUCUGUUUCAGCGCUAACAAAUGGUUUAGACGCUUCUGCUUUACAAGCCUUGAAGAGUGAAUGGACCAGGUUUCCUGAGAAUUGGAAAGGUUCUGAUCCUUGUGGAACCAAUUGGGUUGGAAUUACAUGUAACAAUAACAACCACGUUAUUUCAAUAUCAUUAGGCAACCUUAACUUGGAAGGAAAGCUUUCUGCCGAUAUUUCUUCGUUGGCUGAACUGCAGAUCUUGGAUUUGACAUCUAAUUCUAAAUUGUCUGGAUCGCUUCCAUCAAAUAUUGGUAACCUCAGGAAGUUGACUACCUUGAACCUUAUGGAAUGCGGUUUCAGUGGUGAAAUCCCCGAGUCCAUAGGAUCUCUAGAACAACUUAUAACUCUAUCCCUGAACUCAAAUAAAUUUAGUGGAACAAUUCCAGCUUCCAUUGGACGAUUAUCUAAACUAAAUUGGUUUGAUAUAGCUGACAAUCAGAUCGAAGGAACUAUUCCAGUUUCUAAUGGGACUUCUUCACCAGGACUGGACAUGCUUCUUGAAACUAAGCAUUUUCACUUUGGAAAUAACAAGCUUUCUGGGGAUAUCCCAGAAAAGCUUUUCUCCUCGAACAUGACUUUAAUACAUGUGCUAUUCGAUGGAAACCAGUUCACAGGAAAAAUCCCGAACAGCCUCGGCCUCGUUAAAACGUUGACAGUGUUACGCCUUGAUAGGAAUAAACUAACAGGAGAUAUUCCUUCAAGUCUAAAUAAUCUCACAGAUCUGAAUGAACUGUACUUGGCUGACAACAGACUUACAGGUAGCCUUCCAAAUUUAACAAGCUUGGCCAGUCUCUACACAUUAGAUGUGAGCAAUAACCAAUUAACAUUCUCACUCAUUCCAUCAUGGAUCUCUACAUUAGGCUCCCUGUCAACAUUAAGGAUGGAAGGGAUCCAACUCGAAGGUCCAAUACCAAUCUUGCUCUUUGCCCCUACUCUAUUGCAGACUGUUGUAUUAAAGCGCAAUCAGUUAAAUUCAACAUUGGAUUUUGGUACCAACUAUAGCAAACAAUUAGAGCUUGUGGAUUUACAAAACAAUGAAAUAACUAUUUAUAAACCAGCAGCUAAUAAAGGCAUCCAAGUAAUAUUGGCAGAUAAUCCAGUGUGCCAAGAAGCAGGGAACCAACAGAGUGACUUCUGCAGAACAAUCCAACAUAAUACUGAUUUUUCUGUUCCACAAAUAAACUGUUCACCAUGUGGUCAAGGCAGGGAACCGAGUCCAGCGUGCCGCUGUGUGUAUCCAAUCACAGGAAAACUCAUCUUCAGGUCUCCUUCCUUCUCAGGUUUUUCCAAUAACACCAACUUCAUAAUGCUCCAUCAGGGGAUAGCAGAUUUCUUUAGGGACCCCAGUUAUCAAGUGGACUCCGUCGCCAUCAGAAACUUUAGAGAGACUGCAACUGGUCAUCAGCUUCUAGUAGACCUCUUGUUAUUUCCAUUGAACAAGGAGAGUUUUAAUCAGACAGAAAUGAAUAGUGCUAUUUCUGCGUUUAGCACUCAUACAUAUGACCCUCCUGCAAUAUUUGGGCCUUACAUUUUCAGAGCUGAUCAGUACCGUCCGUUUUCUGGAGGUUCCAUUUCAACAAACACUGGCAUUAUCAUCGGAGCAGUAGUUGGUGCCGUGGUUCUUGUACUGUUGUUAACUAUAGCUGGGAUUUACCGUCUUAGGCAGAAGAAGAGAGCAGAGAAAGCCACUGGUCAAAAUAAUCCUUUUGCCAAAUGGAAUAAGAGUACAAGCAGUGUUGAUGCUCCGCAGCUAAUGGGAGCAAAAGCAUUUACUUUUGAAGAGUUGAGGAAAUGCACGGACAAUUUCUCACCGGCAAAUGAUGUUGGAGGUGGAGGUUAUGGCAAGGUGUACAAAGGGAUUCUUCCCUCUGGAAAACUCCUAGCAAUCAAAAGAGCGCAACAAGGAUCUUCACAAGGGGAGUUAGAAUUUAAAACUGAGAUUGAGCUUCUUUCAAGGGUCCAUCAUAAGAAUGUUGUCAAGCUCUUAGGCUUUUGUUUUGAUCGAAAUGAACAAAUGCUUGUAUACGAGUACAUUCCAAAUGGCUCUCUUACAGACAGUCUAUCAGGCAAGAAUGGUAUUAGACUUGACUGGACAAGAAGGCUCAAAAUAGCACUUGGGUCUAGCAGGGGUUUGGCUUAUCUUCAUGAGCUUGCUGAUCCACCAAUUAUACACAGAGACAUCAAAUCAAAUAAUAUACUACUUGAUGAAAGUCUAAAUGCAAAGGUUGCCGACUUUGGCCUCUCAAAACUUGUGGGAGACCCUGAGAAAAAUCAUGUGACAACACAAGUGAAAGGAACUAUGGGCUAUCUGGAUCCUGAGUACUACAUGACGAAUCAAUUGACUGAGAAGAGCGAUGUGUAUGGGUUUGGUGUGGUGAUGCUUGAGCUAUUAACUGGUAAAAGUCCGAUAGAGGGUGGAAAAUAUGUGGUGAGAGAGGUGAAGGCAAAAAUGGAUAAAUCAAUGAACUUGUAUGACCUGCAAGAAUUGGUGGACACGACUAUCAUUGCAAACAGUGGAAAUCUAAACGGGUUUGAGAAGUAUGUGGAUCUUGCUUUGAGAUGUGUGGAUGGGGAAGGAGUGAAGAGACCAUCCAUGGGUGAGGUUGUCAAAGAGAUUGAGAACAUUAUGCAGCUUGCGGGAUUAAACCCUAAUAUUGAUUCAGCGACUAAUUCGAGAACGUACGAGGAAGCAAGCAAAGGAUCUGGUGAUCCUUAUGGCAAUGAAAUCCAAUGAUUGAAUUUUCUUUUGUGUGAACUCAUAAAUGCUUUCUUUCUUGAUACUUUGAUUUGUAUUCAGUUUUAUGAUUGGAUUAAUCUAUACUAUUAUUUAUGAA